AUGGUUAGAACAAGAGCCACAAGUUCUGCUACUACCACUGCUGUUCCUCUAGUGGUUGAUGCUCCAAUGGCUCCUCCACCACCACCUUCAACAAAUUCCGCUGACAAUCCACCAAGAAUAGAGCACUCUGCCCCUGUUCCUCAAUCAACUCCGGUGGACAGACCUCUGUAUGAAGACAUUCGAUCUCCAUACUACUUAAGUAACUCUGAUCAUCCUAGCAUGGCGUUGGUAACCCUUGUCCUCACAGAUCGUAAUUUCCAGCCUUGGAAACGUGACUUUAAACUCUCAAUUGGAGCACGAAACAAGACUCCAUUUCUUGAAGGAGAUGAUUCAGUGAGUGCCUACUUCACUAAACUUACUGCUAUGUGGGAUGAAAUUAACCAAUUAAGGCCAAGAAUACCUUGUACUUGUGUUGCUGCAAUUCAGACCCAAGACCACCUGAAUCAUGAUCAGGGUCUUCAAUUUUUAAAGGAACGCCAAAGAACCCUUCCACAUGUUGCUCCUGCAACCAACACCCAAUCUACCUUACCCGAUUCCACACCUGCUACUAAUGCAGCCUCUAAAAAUAAAAGGCCUCGUCCCCAUUGCACUAAUUGUCAAAAACCAGGUCAUUACAAAGAUAAAUGCUACUUUCUCAUAGGAUUUUUACCUGGUUAUGGAAAUCAAAAAUCCAAUGACAACACUACUACUCGCAAACCUGAUCUUGUCUCCACAAGCAAAACUUUCCCCCAAACAUCUCAAGUUUCUACCAACAUACUGGGUAUCAAUCCCUCUCAACUCACCUCAGCACAAUGUCAACAACUCAUCUCCAUGUUGAUACAACGACUUCAACCUUCAACAGAUGCUUCAACAUCGAAUGAUAAUGCUGUCGUGAACCAUUUUUCAGGUAUUACUUCCCCCUUUUCUUGGAUGAUAGAUAGUGGGACAACACAUCAUGUUUGCUGUAACAAAUCUUGUUUUUCUGCCAUUACUCAUAACACCAUAAACAAAUACGUCACUCUCCCUAAUGGCACAAAAGUUCAAAUUGAACAUAUUGACACUGUCAAUAUUAACAGCUGCAUUACUUUACACAAUGUCUUGUUUGUGCCACAGUUUCAUUACAACUUGUUAUCUGUUCAUGCAUUACUACAACAUAGCAAUCAUUCUAUGCAUUUCACAGCUAACUAUUGUUACAUUCAGGACCAUUCUCAGACAUCAAAGAUUGGGACAGCUAAACGCAUUGGGAAUCUUUACUAUCUACAGCAGCAGACUAUCCCCAAUAAAGUCUCACCAAUUAUUACUUGUAACAUUCAUCUAGAUAAACUUCAAUGGCAUACACGCCUUGGACAUCCAUCUCAAAAUGCUGUCGUUGAACGAAAACACCAACAUAUUCUCAACACUGCUCGAGCUCUUGCCUUCCAAUCUAAUCUACCUUUGGUUUAUUGGAGCUGUAUGGUGACUACCGCAGUAUACCUCAUCAAUUGA